CCUUAACUUAAAGCUAACCUUAACAUAAACUAAAACAUAACCUAAACCUAAACCUACUCUUAACUAAACUUAACUUUAAUAACCUACCCCCCCACACACACGACUCUCUCUAAUUGUGAGGACACUCAUUGACAAAAUGCAUUCCAUACCCCCUAACCCCCUAACCAAGCCUUAACCCUCAAACUAGCUUUUACCCUCAAACCAGCCUUUGACGUUGUGGGGACCAGUCAAAAUGUCCUCACAAUGAUGCUAUUGAACCGAUAACGGCCCUCAUAAUAUGCGCGCGCGCGCACACACACACGCACAGCAGGUUGUAGACAGUGGUUAAAGGAUGGAUCAGUGAGGAGGAGGAGGAGGAGGCAGCAAAGUCACAUCCAGAUGAUCUACGUGGCUGAUGGAGGACGGAAUUAACGGGACGUGCAGACUCCACUCUCCGGCCGGCGGACAGUCGCUCCUCCCGGGCAGCAGGCUUCAUGAGCGGCUCCCCCUCCACGUAGGUCCGCAGCGGGAUGAUGACCUGUCAGGUGCUGCGUGCUGCGUCUCGCUCCACAGCGGCAGCAGCGGCACAGCCUGGUUCUGUCGCGUCUGAGCGGUGUCCACUCGGAAGAAAUCACCUGAGUGAUCUUCAGCCUCCGCUCGGAUUAUUGUUGUUUUUUCUCCCACCUUCCCCCGCAGGUCCCAUCGCCACCGUGUGAUUGUCACGUCAUGACUUGUGCCCCCAGGAGCGUGAAGCCACGGAAGCGUCAGGAUGAAAAGCCCUCGUUUUGGUGCGUGCGCGUCCUUUCAACCUCUCCGUAAUUACGCGCGGCGAUCAGGCCGAUCGAUCUAUUGAUUAGGCGAUGAGAAUACCUUCAGCGUGUCGACGCACAGGACAAAGAUUCGGAGUUCAUUUAGACGUCGCCAUGGGGAAGAGUUCGGACUGAAACCCUGGGAGAUAGAGUUACACCAAGGAAGAGGGAAAGAAAGAGAGAGCGGGGGAGAAAUCAUGGUCAUCACCGAUAGAACCAACGGUACCCCUGUACCUAAAAAGGAGUCCCAGAAGAAGAAGAGGAGGAAGUCUCGCCCUCAUGGCCUCCCCUCUCCGGCUCUCUGCUGUGCCUGUGGCCUAUGCAUCAUGCUGGCUGGACUCAACAUCACUCUGGUGGGAGCGUUUGCCUUCAGCACACUGGUGCCUUCUGCCAAUCCCCCGAUCAUCAUCGGACCUAUCCUACUGCUGGUGGCCUUCUCCUUUUUCGGGGCCUGUUGCGUCUGCAGCCGCCUCCCACCUCCUGUCAGCUCGCGGAGGUCAAAGGUGGGAGGCCGAGGCACGGGACUGAUGGGACACGGCGGGCUGACUGGCGGGGCAGCAUUUGAAAUUGAGACCAGCGAGCACACGCUGCAGGACACUACAGCUGUGCAGCUCAGCCCCGAAUCAUCCCCUGGGUCAUCCCGGGUUUCAAGCCCAGACAGGGAGCCUCCGGAUGCAGCCCCACCAAGCUUUUGCAAGGUCUUCACCAUGGAGGCCAACGGACCUUCUUCCAAUUCCGCCACUGCAGUCUACUCUGCCUCCACAGUGCCAGGAGGGGAGGUGAGGCUCAACCUGCCACGUGAAGAAGUGGUCGCCUAGCAGAGAAGACACUGUUCCAAGGCCAGAGUGCUGGCAGUGUAAAUAUCCUUCUGGGUCGAGGGCUCGCUGAGUGAGAUUGUGUGACCUCUAGUUUACGUCGUGCCAUAUUUCUGAUUGUGACAACUUCUUAAAAGUAUGCUUUUGAUUUCUCUUGCUGUGCAGCCCACUGGUGAUUAGCAUGCAAAGUUGAUUAACACUCAAGUAUUUGUUGAACAGAGGUUUUGGAAUUUAAAUUCCUACCUCUCCUGUGCUGUUUUCCUCCAAGUCUUUGUUUCUGUUUUUAAACGUGGGGCAUUAUGAACAGUUUCGUCUGAAACAAUACUUUUACUUGUGGAAACCUCAAGUGUCAGCUGUGAUUUCGAGAGGCUCUCCUGAAAAAAAAAUGUGAUUGUGGAUUUGUUCCGGAACUUUAAUGAUUUGAUGUGAAAGGUCGGUAGUGAAAGCCGUAGGGUUGACCUGUGCAGGUAUGUGAUGACAUUUGACAAUUUUAAAUGCCAUUCUCAUCGUUGAGCUUGUUUUGGGGGCAUACAGUAUUGCAUCUCACGGGGGGGAGUGAUUAUACAACACAACCAACACAUUUGAAAUGGACAAUAGUGCAUACAGUGUUUUUACAUGUAAGUGUGUGCAAUGUUGUGCUUAUGGACUCAUCAUUCUUGUAGUUUGACAAAAAAGAACACUGUGAUUAUAAUGUUUCGCACCAAAAUCUUUGCAGACUCUGAUUUCACAUUUUUAUUGACGUUAACUGUAACUUACAUCUCAGUUUCAAGGUAAGGCUGAGAGACAUGGCCCAAAAUGAUUAUAAAAUAAUCAAGAUUAAAUUGUUCCAUCGAUAUCGAUAACCAUCAUGAUAAAUCUCACAUUAUUAUUUAUUGUCAAUCUAAAAAGAGAUUUUUUGCCCCUCUGAGAAUCUUGUGGUUGUAACAUAUCUGAUGGAGAUCAACAGAACUCAUUGGUUUUCCAAAAGUCAAAAUCCCAUUGAUUUUCUGAAAAGAGAAUUUCAUUAUCAGCCAUAAUAUUUUACCAAUUCAAGGUACUCAUACCACAAGCUAGGAGCUUUUGAAACAAUGGUAUAUGCUCCUGUAGAAGCCACAAGUAUCCGUGUGAUAUGAAGUAUGGUGUAAGAAAAACAUGGCAACCCACAAUCCUUCGGUAAAACAGGGAUGUGUGUUAUCAGUGGAGCCCACUGUUACAGGGGAAGUGCUCAUCACAACUGCAAAAAUCUUGUCGGCUAUGAUUUGGUUCUGUGUUACAUUAUGUUCGACACAGAUUAACCAGGAUUUUGGUUUAAGGGACGUGUAGUGUUUUUUACCCUUAAAAAUAAUUAUGUACAUAGUCUUGUACAUUUGCCUUUUCCCCCUUUCACAAGAUAAUUUAUUCCUCUAAAUUAAAUGUAUUAUGGUCACAAUUUACAUUCAUCUCCAGGAUUAACCUCUUAUAACAAGAAUUUCCUUUUUUUGUUUUGUUAGAAAGCUAUUGAUGAAAAUUCAAUUGAUAACGUUUGAUAUCAUCAUCAGUUUUUCAGUGAUUUCAAUACAGUGUAAUGCAGUUUGGAGCUUGAGCCAUGUGGAACAGAGACUUAAGUAAUGUCUCAUGUGAACUAAAUAGUUAUUAAGUAAGUGAAUUUACAGUGUGAUUGUGCACAAAAGAUCAUGAUGUGACAUUGUAGCCCAAAUUAGAAGAUGAUCAUUUUCAUUUUCCCACGUGUAACAUUUACAACCACUGGACCUAGUAUAGAGAGCAGAUAUGGUAAAGCCAAGAGCGAGUUUGAAUAUUCAGCUUGCAUAAAAAGUAUUUGUUCCCCAUCACUGUGAUGUCUUUGUCAGCUAUAGACCUGACUGAUAAAACAAAAAAGACAUUCAAACCCUGAUUUCCUAUGAAAGGAAAGUUGCCUUAGACUGACACAUCAGGAUCAAACCAAUGAGGGCUAAAUAAAAAUGCACAAUUGCAGUUUUCUUCAUAAAAGCCUUUAUUUGGCUCUGGAUUUCUAUUCCAUGUUGUGUGGAAAAGCCUCAACAGUGUGUUUUUGUGGAUGUAUUAAAUGCAUGCAAAUGGCUCCUAGGUGUUCCAACUCAGAAAUAUCUAUUUGGACAGGCAGCCACUGACCUGGGCAUAAAAUGUUGUCCUCCAUUUCUAGUGACAAGGCUCCAUAAGAAGGAUCUGUUUCUCUGUCAAAGCCAAACCAGAGGGCUGAGCUUAAUAUUUGCAUGUUAAGAGAACUGAAUUAUGGAAAUCGCAAACAGCCUGUUGCGAACUAUUUGUGUUUUAUGUGUGUUGAAGCCUGUGUAGAACUUAAUACAAAAAUUUGAAAAAAAUUAUUUUUGUGAAGAAUAUAAUUUUUCUUGAUUUUGAAAGUAUCCAAUCCAAAUGUGAAUCCUUCAGAAUAUCUAUAUAUGAAGAAAUAAAGAAGCUCUUUCAGUACAACGUGAACCUUUCUCAUUAUGUAUGUGUGGCAUGACACCAUGUGCUACAUUGCAUUUUGUGUCACCAUGAAUGGAAUGAAUAAAAAAUGUACGACUGGAUUUGUAGCAUAUUAUAAUAUCAAGCAGGU